AUGUCGGCGCUGCUGGCAUCAGCAGCUGAUGGCGGCGCUGUUACUCAGGCCAUCAAUGAAAAGGAUGCCAAGGAUAACCUGGAUGGAGCUGCGGGCUUGGAGGCAGCACUUCGCAAAAGGUUGAUAGAGGUACAUGCAGCUAAUUCAGGGGAAGAGACCAAAUCUAUUGUUUCUGGAAAAGAUAAUGGUUUUGAGGAUAAUUUGACAUGGAACGAAUAA